AGCGAGAGUAACAAGUGGGAAAGAGAGAGGGAGGAGGAGAGGGGCGGGUAUCACAUCGACGACUUGGGAGUCGCUUCUCACUAAAGCGAGACAAGAAAAGAGCGGCUGCCGUUAGCUAUGAUCACCAUACGAUAACAGUGGAAUGACAUGCUGCGAGACAGUCCAGGAGAUCGGGAGGCAGACGUGCUGACUAGCGAAGUCGCCAGGUGGAGCCGCCGGGGGGGAGUAAACAAAUAAGAGGCGACAGGGCCGGGAGGGGGGCAAAGAUGGAAGGGAAGGGAAGUGGAACAUACAGCGCAGCGUCAGGAUGCCAUGGAGGGGAUUGAUGGAGAGGGAGAGGGAGAGGGAGAGGGAGAGGGAGAGAAUGGAUGGAGAUGGAGAUGGAGGGGAGGAGGAGAGAGGAGAGGGACGGGAGAAAAGGAAACGACCAGAAUUAAUGAAAGUGGAGAGAGAAGGAGGAAAGGGUCGAGGCCGACCGGAUCAGGCAGGCGUGAGGCCGAACGCAACGGACGAGAAUCCGGAGAAAUGAGAUCGGGGAAUUGGCGAUUCG